CAUCCCAGCUUUUAGGGCGGAUCUUCCAUUCGGGGAUUGGGCUGGGAGGUCUCUGCAUUCCUCCCUUUGAGAUGAAGGAGACGGUCACAGACCUGAAGGCAGAGAUGUCUCCAGUCCUCGCCUGUUUGCUGGUUUUCCUGGUGGGCUGCUCGGGAUGCCAGCACCACACCUGCCGCUGCGCAGGCAGGGUCUUCAUUUGUCAGGAGAGCAAGGUGGUCCAGGUUCCCCGGGACAUCCCCGCCAACACCACCGAACUGAGAUUUGUCCUCACCAAGAUGAGAGUCAUUCCAAAAGGAGCUUUCGCAGGACUUGGUGACCUAGAGAAAAUAGAGAUUUCACAGAAUGAUGCCUUGGAGGUCAUAGAAGCAAAUGUGUUUUCCAACCUUCCUAAACUACACGAAAUAAGAAUUGAGAAGGCCAACAACCUUGUGUAUAUUGAUCAAGAUGCCUUCCAACACCUUCCGAGCCUCAGAUAUUUGUUAAUAUCAAACACUGGCCUUCGCUUUUUACCUGCUGUCCAUAAGGUGCACUCUUUCCAGAAAGUUCUACUAGAUAUUCAGGACAAUAUCAAUAUACGUACAAUCGAAAGAAAUUCAUUCACGGGCCUGAGUUCUGAAAGUGUGAUUCUAUGGCUGAAUAAAAAUGGGAUUCGGGAAAUUGAGAAUCAUGCAUUUAAUGGAACCUACCUGGAUGAGCUAAAUCUAAGUGAUAAUCACUACCUGGAAAAGUUACCAAAUGAGGUCUUCCACGGAGCCAAUGGGCCCGUUGUUUUGGAUAUUUCAAGGACAAGAAUCAGUUUCCUGCCAAGUCAUGGAUUAGAACUCAUUAAGAAGCUAAGAGCAAGGUCUACAUACAAUUUAAAAAAGCUUCCCGAUUUAAGCAAAUUUAGAUCUUUGAUUGAGGCAAACUUCACCUAUCCUAGCCAUUGCUGUGCAUUUACAAACUGGAAAAGACAAAACACUGAAUUACAUCCGAUAUGUAGCAUAUCUCAGGCCAAGCAAGACUUUGAUGAGCAGCCUGGCGAUAAGAUACACAGGCGAUCUGCAGCUGAAGAUUAUAUUUCCAACUACGGCACAGGAUUUGACCCAGCAGAGAAUGAAUUUGACUAUGGUUUAUGCAAUGAAGUAGUUAACGUAGCUUGCUCACCUAAACCCGAUGCUUUCAAUCCAUGUGAAGAUAUCAUGGGAUACAACAUUCUGAGAGUCUUGAUAUGGUUUAUCAACAUUUUAGCUAUCACUGGGAACAUUGUUGUCCUCAUUAUUUUAAUAAGCAGUCAAUACAAACUCACCGUACCUCGUUUUCUCAUGUGCAAUCUUGCAUUUGCAGAUCUUUGCAUAGGUAUCUAUCUGUUGUUUAUUGCGUCUGUAGAUAUCCAGACCAAAAGCCAGUAUUACAACUAUGCCAUAGACUGGCAAACUGGGGCAGGAUGCAAUGCUGCAGGAUUUUUUACAGUGUUUGCAAGUGAACUCUCAGUCUACACGCUGACUGUGAUAACUCUGGAAAGGUGGCACACCAUCACCUACGCCAUGCAACUGGACCGCAAGGUUCGAUUUCGUCACGCUGUGAUUAUAAUGAUUUUUGGCUGGAUGUUUGCUUUCACGGUGGCGCUUCUUCCCAUAUUUGGAGUCAGCAGCUACAUGAAGGUCAGCAUCUGUUUGCCCAUGGAUAUAGAAACACCAUUUUCUCAGGCUUAUGUUAUAUUUCUUUUAGUGUUGAAUGUACUUGCAUUUGUGAUCAUAUGUGCCUGCUACAUCUGCAUCUACUUUACUGUGAGAAACCCUAAUGUCGUCUCUUCAAACAGUGACACCAAGAUUGCCAAGCGCAUGGCCAUACUGAUCUUCACGGACUUCCUCUGCAUGGCACCAAUAUCUUUUUUUGCAAUAUCAGCCUCACUCAAGGUUCCUCUCAUCACAGUGUCCAAAUCCAAGAUCCUUCUGGUUUUGUUUUACCCCAUCAAUUCCUGUGCUAACCCUUUCCUCUAUGCCAUUUUCACAAAGACUUUCCGCAGGGAUUUCUUCAUUCUGUUGAGCAAGUUUGGUUGCUGUGAAAUGCAAGCCCAGAUUUACAGAACAGAGACCUCCUCAUCGGCUCAUAAUUUCCACACAAGAAAUGGCCAUUGCCCUCCUGCAUCAAAAAACAGUGAUGGGACUAUUUAUUCAUUGGUUCCUAUGAAUCACUUGAACUGA